AUGGCAUCUAUCUAUCUACCCAUCUAGGCAUCUAGGCACAACAGCCCCAUCCGAUCGGUACACGCACGCCCUCUCCCCUCAGAUGCCAUGUUGGUUGGUUGAUCAUCCAUUCAAUCAUCAUCAUUUCUUGGCGACUGUUUGUGCGGCUGAUGGUGGUGCCGGUGCCUUGGUGACGGGCGGUGGUGUGGGGCCCGCCUCCUCCUCCUUCAUCUGCUCCUGGAUGGUCUUGAUGGACGUGUUGAUGCGGUCGGCAGCCUGCCCAGUCAGAUUGUACUCCUUGUUCAGCUCACCCAGCUACACAGGCACAGCGCGGAAGGAAUAGCACACCACAAGUCGUGCGUGGGUGUGUUGGUGAGCCGUGCCGUAAAGUGCCGUGGGUGUUGGUGUGUAGGUUCACCUGGUCGUAGAACUGUCCGGCGUAUUGUCCUGCUGUGGCGGUCCACCUCAGCAGAGUCCCCCGCGCAUCGUUCUUCUCGUCAAACUCCUGAGUGUGCGUCAGUCAAAGAAACAAGACAGACACGCUACAUGCAUACCCCUCUUGCACAUCUGGUCCGGCGACCGACCGACCGACCUUGAGCCUUGAGCCGAGGUCGGUCAGUGUCUUCUCGGCGUUGGACAGGGGAGUCGGGUCCUCCAAAUUGCCCUAAAUGAGCACAAGACAGGACAGAACGGUCCGUCGUGUGAUGAGUGGCGUGUUCUGCCUCGUCUGUCCCCCCAUCUCCGUUGCUGACCCACCUUAAUGUUGUCAUACGCCUUGCCCGCUGCCGACUUGGCCUUGUCAGCAAGCCCAAAGCGGCUGUCAGCACUGCAGACAGACAGGCAGGGAUACAAGAGACCAAGGCAGGAGGGGAGGACCACAGGUGAGGCGUGAGCAGGCAGAUCGACCAGUGCUGUGAAUGUAUGUGCUGCUCUCUGUGUGCGGUGGUGCUUACGACACGACGAGGUUGACGAUGUCGACGACAAACCGCCCCAGCACUCGAAAGAUCUCACCAACCUCACCUGAGCGACAGCAAUCAACGACAUGGCAGCCACACCCCGCACAGCACACCCAUCGUCCACGAUGUGUUCACUAUGAUUCCCUGCCGCCGACCCGCCUCACCCACCUUGUUGUUUGGAGGCAUAGUUGAAUAGUGAUGCGAAGACGAGUCCGAAGAUGGGGUUGAUGAGGAUGAGGCCCAACACAAACCCGACAUUGGCCGCCGCAAACUCAACCCAACCGGCGUUCUCGCGGUUCAAAGGAAACACCCCCUUCUUCGGCGUACCUGUGCAGUCAGGGCACACCACAAUCACACCCACACCCACACACAGAGAGAAAAAGAGAUCAUCGGAUGCACUCAGUAAUGCAGGCAGCACUUCCCCGUGGCCGUCCUGUCUGCACGUGUGCACACGUGCCGUCUGCCCACCUCACCCUCAGCGAAGGUGAGGCUCUGCUGACUGGGUUUAGUGGUGGAGGGGGCCGGUGCGGCAGUGGGCGUCACAGCCGGUGUGGCGGGCGGCUUUGCAACGGGCGGUGCGGCGGGGGGAGGGGGAUUGGGCAUGCCGGGAAUGAGCUGCCUUGGCGCAUCCUGGUUCAGCCGGGUUAGCUGGGUUGGCUGAUGCUGUGAGGCCAAGGGCGAGAGGGUCAGUGGAGCCGCUCCUGGGGCGAAGCCAAUUGUGCGGACCAGACGGAGUGGCGCACAGCUGACGCUGACCACGACGGCGGACAGCGCCACCACCAACAGGCAGGAGUGCAUCUCGGCUGCUGCACUGCUCAACCUCACCCAAAAGCGUCUUCGCCUCUUCCACGUGCG